AUGACAUACCCAACCGACGGGGCUAUGUGCCAAUCGCGGGUGACCAAUGCCGGUUCUGUCUGGAAACAGGUCACACCAACAUACGGGGGGACAUGUCCACGGUACCAAGCAUUGGCUGCCCAGGGUCUAUGCCAUAUUGCUGGAGAUGCCAAAGUCCGUUAUGGACCGAUUGGAGGGGCCGGAGGGGUGGAGGUAGUAAGGGUAAUUACCAAUGGUAAGAGCAUGAAGGAGUCCAUUGAGGAAUAUGGAAAGCAGCACCAGACUGGGAAUAGUGCAGUGGGUUAUGUACACAACAUGUUAAAAGAAACUGCGUACAUUGAGGAAGUGGAGGAGGAAGAUGAAGAAGGAUUUAUGGAAAGCUUUGUUGAAAUGGAGGUUAAUGCGCUGGUCAAUGCGGAAAAGAGAAAGAUAACCCCAGAGGGGCGUGCAGACCCUAAGCGACGUGCACUGGACGAUGUGGCUAGGAGGGAAGAAGAAAUUCCCAUCUUGAAGACAGUCCGUCCAGGAAGAUAUGAGGAAAUUGAUGAACCUGACGCAGAUGUGGAGAUGGAAGAUCGACCGGACUACCGAGUUAGGGAUGUGGAGGAAGGUUUGAGAAGAUCCUUUGGGGGCCCCAAAAGCAAGAGUUCCCCCAGAGGAAAGAUGCUCCGAAAGCUAAGCUUAACAAAUUGGCGGAUGAGCUGA